CUCGAGCCGCUGCGCACGUAAACAUUAGCGGAGAGAACUUUGAGGCGCUUCAAAAAGUGAUCGAGCAACGGCGGACACGGGAGUUAGACAGCCGGCUAGAUUUUAACGGGGGAACUGAGGCGAGGGAGUCCCGCGACUUAAGGGUCUAUGAAUGUUUUUUAUCGAGGCUUUGACCGGUUUGUGUUUGGGCCAACAAUCCACACGUCAAAGAUAUGACUCAAGAGUCAGAUUGCUGAGGAAGUGGGUAGUAGGUCAUGGAAAAACUACAGGAUGUGUCAUCAGAUUCUAAGGAGAAGGGGGAUGAUGGGGUGGAUUCAAAGACUGCAGAAUAUGAAACUCCGGGACCAGAUACUGAUAUAGCUUCCAGUAGUCAAAAAGAUGCAAUGGAAGCUGCAAGUCCAUCAGUUGUACAAUCCAAAGUUACUAAUGAGGAGGCCACCACCUCUGGAGUGAAUGUUGAAUGCCGAAUAUGUGGUGAUAAGGCUUCAGGCUUCCAUUAUGGUGUACAUGCGUGUGAGGGUUGUAAGGGUUUCUUCCGAAGAACGAUUCGCAUGAAGCUGAAGUAUGAGAAAUGUGAUCGUAACUGUAAGAUCCAGAAAAAGAACAGGAAUAAGUGCCAGUAUUGUCGCUUCCAGAAGUGCCUGGCAUUAGGGAUGUCACAUAAUGCCAUCCGAUUUGGCCGAAUGCCUGAAGCAGAGAAGAAAAAACUAGUUGCGGGACUUCUAGCUAGUGAAACAACAGUUCAAAACCCACUAAUAGCCGAUCUGAAAUCACUGGCAAGACAUGUUUACGAUGCAUACCUAAAGAACUUCAAUAUGACUAAGAAAAAAGCACGAGACAUCCUAAGUGGAAAGGCUACCAAGGACCCUCCUUUUGUUAUUCACGACAUGGAGACUCUUUGGCAGGCUGAGAAAAACCUAGUUUGGAAACAAUCAGUAAAUGGAAUUCCAAACAAAGAGAUCGCGGUUCAUGUCUUCCAUCGUUGCCAGUGUACAACUGUUGAAACAGUCCGAGAACUCACUGAAUUUGCCAAGUGCAUCCCUGAAUUCUUAAAGCUGUACCUGAAUGACCAGGUGACAUUACUAAAGUACGGUGUACAUGAAGCCAUUUUUGCCAUGUUGGCAUCAAUUAUGAAUAAGGAUGGUCUUCUUGUGGCUAAUGGAAAUGGAUUUGUGACUCGGGAAUUCUUGAGAAGCCUGCGCAAACCAUUUAGCGAAAUUAUGGAACCCAAGUUUGAGUUUGCAGUGAAAUUCAAUGCCUUGGAACUGGAUGAUAGUGACUUGGCUCUUUUUGUGGCUGCCAUUAUUUUAUGUGGAGACCGUCCUGGGCUGAUGAGUGUGAAGCAGAUUGAAGAGAUGCAAGACAGUAUUCUCCAAGCUUUGAGCCUACACUUGCAAACUAACCACCCAGACUCUCAGUACCUCUUCCCAAAGCUCCUGCAGAAAAUGGCUGACCUGCGCCAACUAGUGACUGAGAAUGCACAGCUUGUCCAGAAGAUUAAGAAAACUGAAGCAGACACUUCAUUACAUCCACUGUUACAGGAGAUCUACAAGGACAUGUAUUGACAAACAUUGCACAUUCAGUAUACAGCUUAAUUUUGCACCCCCACCCCUCAAAACCAAACAUGGCUCCAUUGAACUCUCACCAAAAUAGUUCUGCGCAAGUACGCAAGGAAACAUAAAGUAUCUGUAACUGGACACUCCUCUUCUGAAUUUUCUGUUCUUCAUUUGGUUUGUUGCAGUUGACUCAUUUGAAGUCAGCAGAGCAAAACCAUAAUAAUUAAAGCUGAAAAUUGUAGGACAUCAAAAACAUUUACAACACUACUGACUGACUGCAAUAAAUAAUUUUGUGUUGUUAUUUGUGAUCUUGGUUACAGUACUAAAACCUCCAAUUGGUAGAUGCAACCUUGGUCAGAAAGCAAAUUUUUACAUAACUAUCCAAUGGUACUAAGCAUGCUGAGCCCAACAAUAUACAUCCAUUUUGCUGGUCUAUAUAAUUAGAGGGUAUGGAAAUUAUAUGAACUGCUGCAAUGAAUGUGGCUUAUACUAUAUAACAAUCCAUAGUAUAAAGGAACAUGCUCCACGAAGUGUUUAGUUAAGAAAUGUGCAUACAUUUACAGGGCUAGCCAUUAACUCUUCCUUUUGUGGCAUUUUUGAAGUUAGUAAUUAACUGCCUUUCAAAACGACUUUGAAGCACUUUGAGAGAUUUCACAGAAAUAUGAUGAAGUGUUUAGAUAAAUGCAAUUCUUUCUUUGAUGAAGAAUUUCAUUCAAGUUUUUCAAGUCACUUCUUUCACAUUUCUAUAUCUGACAGCCGCACCUGCUUGCCAAACUCUGUUGAGGACACAUUUGUAAAUUCCCUGUUGGGGAUUAAAAUGUAGGAUUGGGAGAAUCUGACCCCUUACCUAACAUUUCACAAACUGUGUUUACAUUUGUUCUAAGGGUAUCAAUAGAAGGCUUAUAGUGUUGGACUGUUUAUUGGGGCAUUCCUUCCUUGCUGCGGUUAAAUUCACCAAAUGAGUUAAUUGAGAUUAGUGAGGAACCUUUAAUGAGGCACUCUAUUUACAUCAUUGUUGAUCUUUGGGGGGAAAUAAUAUAGCCAUAAACUUUGUUAAACAGUGAAAUAUUACCAUAAAUGGAAGCCAUGAAAUUAUUUUGAUGCUUUUCUAAUUAGUAACGAAAUCUCUGGUUGGACCUUAAUUGCCAAAUCUGUGUUUUCUCUUUGCAUUGAAAAUUGUUAAUUUGGUAUCACUAGUUACACUCCCAUGGGGAACUGAUAGGUCCUAUUAGUUCUACUUUGCAUUCUGUUCUGCUUCUCAAUGGAGACAGGAAAAAUCCACAUUUAUUUCUUGCCUCUCUCCCAUUUCUAUGUUGUAGCAACUUUCUGAAAAGAUUUGGUCUUGUCUGUGUUCACUAUUUUUCCCUAUGAGUAGUGAAUUCUGAUAGACAGGGAAAUGCUGGAAUUUUAUUCUCUAGGAGCCAUUUUAACAAGGAUUGUUUCAACAAUUGGUAGCACAAGUGAAACAAGAUAAAUAGAGCAGCGUCUCCAAGCAAUUGGUUUGUGACUGGCUGGCUCAGCUACUGCACUGAUAAUGGUAUCUUUCAAUACAAAACUAUUAUAUUCAGAAACUGAUGAUAUUGGAAAUAAGCAGGCCCAUCAGCAUUUGAAGAGAGAAAAUAAAUAAAUUCCUGUUGUAGGCCCCUUGAUGUCAUCAUCUACUUUUCAGACACUAGUGGGCCUGCUUUGCAUUUUCUGGUUUCAUUUAAGAUUUCUGGCAUUCAGCAUUUUGUUUUCUACCUGCAUGAUACCAGAAAGUUUUACACCGCCAAACUUUUCCAAAGUAUAGCUGAUACUAAAUUUAGUUCAGUGCGCAUUUGACACUGGGUACUGGAUAGUCCUUGCAUCAGCCAUUAAGUAAUGUAGGUUAAGCCAUAAGUGGAAAUUCUUCCUUAAGUCCACAAAUGUGCAGUAUUACAGUUUUAUGAUAUUUUACAUCCAGUUGUAGUUUUGACUUAACUGCUAUAAUUUUAGAAUUAUUUUAUUGCUAGGUCUCUUAAAGAGAAUUUGGGGAAGUUUCUGAUGUGUCCUGGUGGUACACUCAGAGUUGGGGAUGCCUGCUGGAAUUGGCUGUUAGUUUAGUUAUGCAGCUAGCCUGAACAGGAACUGAUUGACCAAUGGAAUGUGCUGGUGGGCAUAAUGAAGACUGACAAGUACCAGUCCUGGAGCUUAAAACUGGGAAGGGCAAUUACAGGGGACUUUGUAAUAUUGACAUGCGAUUAAAUCAUGGAACCUGAAUCCAGAAAUGAGUUUUGCUACUGUUUGUUUCAAAUAGCUAUAAUUUUUUUUACAUUUCUUUUAGUUGUGUUUAUCUGUUUUCCCCUUGAUGCUGUGUGAUUUUUGUUCUAAAUGUUUUCUUCCCUUGCCAGUGUUCUAGACCUCUCCUAGAGAUGUUUACUCCUUCCUUGGGGUAUAGUUCCAAUUAGGUGCCCUCCACUACCUUGUGCAAUUGACCAAUUGUUUAAAUGUUUCACUUGAGCCUGGACUGCAAAGGUUUGACCAUAUAGGUUGCAUCAAAGCUGAGGCCAAUCCUCUCUAACAACGUCCACAUGUGACCCUCCAACAGGAGUACUGGAUGGAUAUUAGGAGUGGGAAAUACUUUAUUAAUUUUACCCUACUAUACCCUGACAUUGCUGAGGCUAGUUGCCAAUCUCCACUAGAUAUUGCCAAACUCUUCACUUCAGAACAACAACUUGCAUAUAUAAAAACACCUUUAACAUAAUAAAAUGUACCAAGGUGCUUUACAGGAGGGCUAUGGAUCAAAAUUUGAAGAUUGGACCUGGUGUUUUUUUUUGGUCAGCAACGUUAUUCACUAUAUAAAGCACAGAGAUGUAGGAGAAGUGUCCUUAUGAUGAUUUAUAAUAUGUGGGACCAACGUCAGUGAGCAGUGAAAUGGGUAGGAGGGGGGAAUGAGCAAUGAGUAUCUAUAUUUGCACCACUGUCCAUGACAUUUGUAGGGGGAUCCAAGUAUGUAGUGUGUAACAGUAGCACAGUGAUGGAUUUCUCCUAUCAAGACAGGACUUGACUGCCUAUUGCCAUUUUCCAUUAGACCCUAGCCAGAUAAUUAAUAUAUACUGUGCUUACUUUACACCCGUAGAUGCCCAUACUGUUCACAUAGCAAAUUAUUUUCAGGGCUUUACCAUAAAAUAUUGAUAAUUCAUGCUCAACACAAACAGAUUCUGCAGGCGGUUGCUGGAAAAUCUGAAUGCAGAUUCUCACUGGUAAAAUAAUUACUGUGAAUGCAGGAAGCUGAUAGUUUAAAAAAUCUUUAAUGAAUUCAGGUUUUUUUAAAUCACUAAUUAGUUUACUUGGUGAUUCAGUAUUGAGCAAUACAAGCGUUUAAAUGGGGAAGAGUUUCCUGUUUGCCUAUUCAUGAGUUGAAGGAGGAUAAUGCAGAAAGGAUUGUUGAUUGGUAGAAAUGAUGAAAACCUACGUAAUAAAUAAACUGUAAAGACUGUUAAUGUGACAGCUAAUCUCAAACCUUUACAUACACUUUCUGUGGAAGGGGUUGCACCAAAUUAAAUUCACAAGGAAAUACUGAAUACAUUUGUGGUUUUCUGGAGCUAUUUAAUUUCCAUUGAUGUUUCUGAUAGAUUCCAGUUGUGACAUUCUAAAGGAAAUGAGGAUGAUUUAUUCGUGUGAUAUUGGCAUUUUACCAUCCCAAUGUCACGUUUUGUGUGGCUUCCUUUAAGGUGUCAAGCAGAUUUAUUUAAUAUCACUUGUUGGCAAUGAAUAACUAUAACUGAUAGCAAGGCAGAAGAAAGACAACGUAAAGAAAAACAAAGUCUGAAAUUGAUUUAUGCACUUUUUGACUAUUUGCUUCAGACUCUAAUGGUGUUAUUAGUGCGUUAGCGCCCUCCAGGUGCAUUACCAACUGUAUUUGUCUUUGAAUUGUCUGUUACAUUCUUAAACUGAGAGAUCUUCCACAAACUGUCUUAGUUUUUUUUCUACAUAUGUAAUGAGCCUAAUGCAAUGAUUGCAAAAGGCAACUGGGAAAUGGAUUUAAGUUUUUAGUCUAAUAGACUCUAAUACUAAUUUAAAUAUAAAUAUCAAUUUAAUUAGUUUGAACCCAAUAGUUAUAAUCUUUUAAAAUCAUUUUUGUUUAGUACUAGGGUAUUCUAUCUGUGGAAGAUGCAAUAAAUAAGCGUUAUCAUGUAUGUUUUGCUAAACUGACGUAUGUAUUUUUUCAGACUGUGUGUCUUGUUAAAGAUUGUCUUUUUUGUCACCUAAACAGAAUGCCUCUGUUUGGUUAAUGUGUUUUUUGUUAAUAAGAUUAUUUCCUUUCAUUACUUUUGUUAUAUAGGCUAUGCACUACCUGGUCAAUGUGGUUCUAACGUUGUGCUGUUUGCACUGAUAGUAUUUUUGUACUAAAAGAGCUUCUUAAAAACUCCAGUGUAAGGAUGUGUUUUAUGUUGGAACCCAGAAAUUUUAAAAACUGUUUGUAACCAAACCAACCCAACUCUCUCCCAGUGGCCAAGGUUGAAGAUGAGCUAAAAUCACCUUACCAGUGUAGUCAAAUAUUGUCUGCCAUUGUACCGUCUUACUAGCAGCAGAACAUUAUUUUAUCAGAGGUAAGGGGACCUAGGCAUUUCCCUCCAAUAUACUAAUAAAACUGAACAAGAAUUACCUCUUUCAAUCAUUUUCUUGCACCAGGAGUUGUCUGGUUCAGUUACCAUACACUCCUUGCUGGCUAGGUCUACCAUUGAAACACUACAAAACGGGAAUAUAUUGCUGGCCACGGAGAUGAAAGUGCAUCAUUUGUCGACUACAUAUUCAAUUUUUCCAAAACAAAUGAACGGGGUUUCAGAUGCAUGUGUACACAAAACAGUUGCACAAAUUAAAUAGUUGUCCUUUUAUCUCUCAAUGGAGGCCAACACUUGUAAUUCUAUCUCUAUUCUUUGAGGUUUUACCUUAAUCGGAGUACUAGAUCUGACAAAUUCUACUUGUCCUGUGGACAGGUAAUUGUACAUUUGCACUUUUCCCUGUUUUUAUAUCUGCACGGACAUGAAUAGGUGGGAUGUUUCAUUCACCAUGUCUUCAAUAUAGUACCUACAGGAAACACGGACACAAGUGUCUACUCAGGACUUAAAAGCACUGUGCCAUUUAUUUGAACUAUUUCAAUACCAUGAUUUGAUUUGUUUAUUUGAUCAUCCCAGGCUAGCUUCCUUUGUUUACAUAGUUACUGUGACCAUAUCAGUUACAAGGUAUGUGUAUAUUCUAUGUUCAGAGGUUAGACACAAAUUUAGCCAUUACCUCCAUAGGAAAGGAUUUCAUUAUGGUUGAACAAAACAGAUUAAGGUUGGCACCUAGACGUGCAAGGUGCUUUAUUCAUCCAUUCAUGUUCUAAUUAUACUAAUGUCUUAAAGAAGACAUGGGUAUCAUUUUUAUGUCACAUCUCAGGACAGUAAGAUUUUUUGAUACUGUAUGUAGGUUAUGUAUUAUGUCCUAAGAAGCAUGCAAUAAAUUUCAAAGUAAAAGCUG